AUGACUUCUCUAAGCAGGGACCUUGCAGGCUCCAAUUUUCCUGGUAGUGAUUUGCAUCAGAAUGACCUUCACACCGAUCCUAUGAAGGCCCUUCAACAGUAUAUGUCUCCACCUGGAAACCUUAUGGACUAUGAUUGGGACCAGCUCCAAGAAGAGUACAUCGCUUCUAUGGAAAAGCAUGAAAAUGCCGAAAGAGAGUUACGUAACCGUGUCUCCAAGUUGCUCGAGAUUUUCAUGGCGUGGUCGGAGACAACUAUCAUGCGCGAUGAAAUUAGAGCUUUAAAAAGAUUUAAGACGCAAAUGAAACAUGUUCAGACAUCUGAAGAAGAUCUGGAACUGAAACGUAAACACUAUGUCGAUGUUGUAAAGGCUUUCGAAAGUGCCCUCGCGUUAUUGAAUGACCGCCUCAAACCGUAA